AUGACGACCGGCAUCGGGAAGGAUAUAGGGCAGAGCGUGGUUGGGAGAGGAGAGACUACCGAGACUACCCUCCGCCGCCCCCGCCGUCACAUUCAGAUUACCGCUAUCGUGAGCCAGACCCUCGAGGGUGGACCAGAGAGUCAAGGGAUAGCGGACGACCGAGAUACGAGGACACUGCUCGCUCCGUUCAUGCUCGAGGCUCGCGCAAGAGUCCGCCUCGCGCUUGGACACAGUCUGACGAGAUUGACAGACACCCGAGGGGAGGCAGGCACCGUGAGGCGCCACGAGAGCCACACCACGAUGAGGACCGUCGCUGGCAGACUCGACCUGGACUCUCACCGCCACGGCGCUACGUGGGCAGCACACCUGGCUCUCCUCUGGCGGGCUCCUCAAACCAAUUACCCCGUUCGCCACGUCGUCGUUCACCUUCGCCAGAUGGCUCGAGAGCGGCUUCACUACGGCGACGAAGUAGCCGUGAAACACUCAACCCGAAGCCAGGCGACCAUCCAGUACCUGCGAGUCCCUUACGCCACCCGCCUUACAUGUCCAGGAGACGGGAAGAAUAUCCUUCGCGACGUGGCUAUCGUAGUCGCAGUCGUGGUCCUCGACACAGGAGCCGAAGCCGUUCGGCAUCUCCGCCAAAACGUCUGCGAAGCAGAACACCAGCAAGGAGGGACACCAGGGAAGAGACACUGA